AUGCACGACAAAGUCGUCUCGUUGGGCUCCCGCCUGCAUUAUCCCAUUACAAUCACAAAGCUCCUCAAAUCACCAGGAGACUCCAUAAAGAAGCAGGAGACCAUCAUCGAGUACAAGUUCACUUGGCGGAGAAGAGUCAGCGACGACGUGUGGGCUGACGAGACGACGUACACCGAAUAUGAUAGCCCGGCCGAAGGAAAGCUGAAGGAAUGGCGCGUCACAGAAGGCAGCGUUAUCAAUGCCGACACCCCUUGCAUGCUGGUUGAGGAGGCUUGCGGGCAUCAAGUGCAGAUCCAGGGCCUCUGCGGCUAUUGCGGCGCCGACAUGACCGGGGUGAACUGGGCCAGUGAAGAAAAGGACACGGAUCGUGCCAUGAUCAACAUGACUCACGACCAGACGGGGUUGAUGGUGAGCAAAAGCGUGGCAAUGAAGGCAGAGCACGACACGCAGAAGCGACUCCUUCGACAGCGCAAGCUCAGCCUGGUGGUUGAUUUGGACCAGACCAUUAUUCAUGCGUGCAUAGAGCCGACUAUUGGCGAAUGGCAGCGAGACCCUUCGAGCCCAAACCACGAAGCAGUCAAGAAUGUCGAGAGCUUCCAGCUCAACGACGAUGGACCCCGGGGUGUGGCCAGCGGCUGCACGUACUACAUCAAGCUGAGGCCAGGCCUGCAUGAAUUUCUCGAGGAAGUGUCGCGCAUGUACGAGCUGCACGUCUACACCAUGGGCACGCGCGCGUAUGCGCUCAACAUUGCGCGCAUCGUCGACCCGGACCGGAAGCUGUUUGGAAAUCGCGUCAUCAGUAGGGACGAGAACGGCAGCAUCACGUCCAAAAGCCUGCAACGACUGUUUCCCGUCAGCACAAACAUGGUCGUCAUCAUCGACGACCGCGCCGACGUGUGGCCCCGGAACCGGCCCAAUCUCAUCAAAGUCGUGCCAUACGACUUCUUCAAGGGCAUCGGCGACAUCAACUCGAGCUUCCUGCCCAAACGGACGGACGUGUUGCCUGCUGCUUCAGCUUCACAAUCCAACGGCUCGCCACCGGCAGCCAAGAAGGGCAGCGGCGACGGAGACAGUCGUGGCCACAGCUCCGCAAGCAACGGCACCCUCCCCGACGGCAAGGCGUCACCUUUGGAGGAGAUUGCGAGGAUGGGCGGAGCGGAUGACGAAGCUAGCCUGAGGAUGCAAGCCGCAGAGCAGGAGAAGACUUUGCAGAAGCAACUGACGGACCGGCCGCUGCUCCACAUGCAAGAGGAGCUGGACAAGGAGGACCAGCUUUCGGCGCAAAGCCCAGAGACGGGCGAUUCACCUGCAAACCACCCGAGACAGCAUUUGCUCAACGACGACGACGAAGAGCUUAUCGCUCUGCAGGAUCACCUCACCGAUCUACACUCCUCCUUUUACGAUACCUACGACCGAAGGCGACGAGAAAGACGAAAAUCGGACCCGACCAUCAAACCGGGCCACAUGCAUCUGCAUCGACGGCCCUCUGUUGAUGACGGGGUGGACCUGUCCAUGGUUCCCGACGUUGGUGACAUUCUCGACGAGCUGAAAUCAAACGUCUUGUCCGGCCUAGUCAUUGUGCUGUCCGGACUGGUGCCUCUGGGAAUCAGGGUCGAAGAGUCCGAGGUUGGGAUGCAGGCGCAAAGCUUUGGCGCUCAAGUGCUCGACAGCGUGUCCCGCCGGGUCACGCACUUGGUUGUGUCACUGGCGCGACCUCGGACCAAGAAGGUGCAGCAAGCGGCCAAGCUGCCGAGCAUCAAGAUUGUGAACCACAAGUGGCUGAUUGACUGCCUCAGCCAGUGGCGUCGACUGGACGAACGGCCGUACUACUUGAACAUAACGGCGGAGCGUGAUCGAGCCGACGACGCCGCAGACCCCGCGUCGGAAGCGGAGAACGCGGACCCGGAACCAAGGGACCUGAAAGACUUUGACUGGGCCACUGCGGACAAGGAUUUGGAGGAAUUCCUAGGCACAGACAAUGAGGAAGACGACGGGGAGGACGAGGAGGACGAGGAGGGAGGGGGGGAGGUGGUGAAGGAUAAGGAUGGGGAUGGCGAUGACGAGAAUGAGGAUGCCUCGGACAACGGCGACUCGGAACUGGACAAUGGCACCGAGAGCGGUUCCGAGGCGGACCGAGACGUCGGCACGGACAGCAGUGAAACUGUUGGCCGGGAGGAAGCAGGCAGGAAGCGGAAGCAACCUGCGCAACACGUUGGAGGAGAGUCGGGGGCCGACGAGGGCGGGGACGCGGGCGAGAGCGUCUUGGCCAAGAAGCGGCGGCUGUCGCGCAAUCGCGGAGCAUCCGGCCUCAGGUCAGUGCGCACGCCAAACGGCGACGAUGCAGAUGCAGACGCAGACGCAGACGCAGACGCAGAUGCAGAUGCAGAAUACCAAGGCAGCCACGCGCCGACGCCUGGCCUUGACCAUGCGCAAGGCGCAGCAGCAGCAGACGCAGCAGCAGACGCAGCAGCAGACGCAGCGCCAAGCCAAGACAAGGACGUUGACGCGGACGACGAAGAGCUCGAGCGCGAACUCUUGGCGGAGCUCGAGGCCGCAGACGGAUGA